AUGGUGGAGAAGGUGAGUAACCAAAUAGGCCACGUGCGGGUCACAAACUAUGGGUCCAUCUUCGAUGUGCAGGACAAGGGCGCUGAAGCCACCAACCUGGCUUUCACCAGCCAGAGGAUCCGGGCACAUACCGACAACCCGUAUAGAGACCCUUUUCCCGGCGUGCAGUUGCUGCACUGCUUGCAGAGCGCUGCUGAGGGUGGCGCAACGCUCUUCAUCGAUGGUUUCCGCGUGGCAGAGGAGCUUCGCAAGCAAGAUGCGGAAGCAUUCCGGCUGUUGGCGACCACCAAGCAUCCUUUUGAAUAUCGAGAUCCCGAUGAGGGAGUUCUGCUUCGAGCCACAUCUCCUGUGAUCCAGCUGGGCCAAGGUGACGCAGUUGAGCGCAUCACGUUCAACAACCGCUCAGCAGCUGCCUUGCCUGCAUCCUUCCCGCACUUCAAGGAGUACUACAAAGCUUGGGCCGCAUUCGAUGCCUUGGCCAACUCCGAGGACUUCAGCGUGAAGCUGCUGAUGAGGCCCGGCGACCUGGCCAUUUGGCUCAACGGCCGCGUGAUGCAUGGCCGCGAGAGCUACCAACCUGGUGGACCUCGUCACAUCCAGGGAGCCUACCUGGAUCAGGACGAGAUCAACUCUACGGUGCUCUCGGCUCUGGCGGAAGGCGUCGAUCUCGAUGCCUUUGACGUCCAUCGCCGCAGAGCUGAUGUCUGCAUGGAGGCCCUGAGAUCCCUCCCCAAGAUCUUUGGAUGCAUCAGGUACUCAAGCUCCACAGAUUUGUCAUGCAAUUCUUCCAGAAUAUCCCCCUUUCAAGAUGUGGUGUUGGCUUGCUUGAUGCACCCUGCGUUCUCCCACCCGGAUGCUCCAAAGAUGUGGGCCGCGGCUGCAGAAGCGCAAGGGGUGCAGCCUCCGCAUUUCGCAGAACCAGGCUCUGCCAUGGUAACAAUGGGUUUCUCCUCCGACGUUGUGGAUUGCGCAGAGCUUCUGGAGAAGGUCUUGUGUUUGGAAAAGCUGUCGGGGCCGGAGCAGGCAAAGGUUAUGGGCAUGCCUCAGGCAGAGACGCUUCUGCCCUAUGCCGAUGCUGGAUACGGUAAUACAGCAGCAGCUCCACUGGAAAGUUUUCAGAAUCUGCUUCACGAACACUUUCGAAGGCAGUCCAGCUGA